GAGACCUGCAUGCUGCAUGGGAUAGCCCUGAGCGCAUGUUGGCAGCGUAUAUUGACUACCCCGAUGUGGAUGAGUGUCUGGUCAAAGACUCUGUCUGCCAGAAUGGUAUCUGCCUCAACACCCUUGGGUCCUUCACGUGCCUCUGCCGACCCGGUUACCAGCAGAUCGGCAGUGACUGUUUCGACAUUGACGAGUGUGCUAUUGGAGCGGCUUGUGACCAGCUCUGCAUCAACUUACCAGGGAGCUACCAGUGCUGGUGUCGGCGGGGCUUCACACUGUCGACCGUCAACCGCCGCCUCUGUGUCGAUCUAGACGAGUGCUCACUAGGGGUGGCACUCUGUGCUGGGAACUGCCUCAACACUUUUGGUAGCUUCAUCUGCCGCUGUCCCCCAGGGGCUACACUCCAUGCUGAUGGCAGAACCUGCAUUGCCAAAGCUUUGGAAUCCAGAGAUCACUCUCCACACAUUGUGCUACACAGGGGCUCAACAGUACAGCCACCAGGAGAGCAGAGUAUGUUGGAACUGCCCACAGCACAUGCUGGUGGUAGUGCCCAUUCAGCACUGGAGAAGAGGAAGCUCCACUUGGAAACACUGCACAAUGUGGCCACACUCAGGAGCUCCACAUCCUGGAUGAAACAGAACAAAAGGCCAUUCAAGACAAAGAUAGCCCAUCAGACAACUACAAGAAGACCGAACCCUAAAGAUGGGGCACACGAUGAGCACAGAGACACUGGCUCCGAGUCAGUACCUCCUGCUUUCAACACUGGCAGGUCUAGUCCUGUGCGAGAUGAGGGACAAGUUCAGGAUGGUGAGGCACAGGACAGAGAACACCGUCACUUGUAUGGUGCAAAUGGGGCUUCUGCAGAAAGAGGCCUGUCAGCAAGUUCCAAGAAUAUAAGGACUGGUGACUUGGGUACCAGAUAUAAUGGUAAUGUAGGUAAGCCACAUUUCACAGAUGUAUUGGGACCAACAGUAGUAGUGGCAAUGAAAACAGAACAAGAAACUGAGGCAGCAGAUAUGUUUCACAUAAACAGAGUCCUAUCUGAGUCUCAAGUGACUACUGAACUUCCUCUUCAAGCCACUGACCUACCUACAACAAAAGUAUCUGGAGUCGGAUCACCAAAACCGAGUCAUCAGCCACAGGACGAAUUACAUCAAAGCACUCAAACAUCAGCAUCUACUGGUAAUACAGUAUUCGGAAUUUACUCGAAGCACAACAAGCGCCGGAGCUGCAUCCCAAUGUGCAGGAAUGGAGGAACGUGCAAUACUGCAGCUGGAGCAUGUACCUGCCUGGCAGGCUUCCGUGGCCGCUACUGCCAGCUGGAUCGCAAUGAGUGUAUAGAGGAAGAUAGACCGUGUGGCAGCCACCUGUGUGUGAAUGCGUGGGGCUCGUACCGGUGCCUCUGCCCUGCCGGCUACCGCACUUCGGCAGGUGGGAUGUCGUGCGUCCAGGAAAGUGCCUGGCGUGAUCUCCGUGUCGCAAACAUGGUCGUAGAGGAUCGGCAGCCGACCCCUCUGCCGCCGCCUUCUGCUGAACGUGUAACAACUCUGCAACAUUUCAGCAUUGCAGCUGAAAGAGAAAAAAGUGUAACUGAGGUGACCACUGUCAGUCCCAAACUGGGCACUCGGGAACGGCCACUGGAAGAAUUGGUGAAGAAUGGAAGUGCAAGCUCAGAAAACAGUGCAGAUGGAAAUAUCUCCAGCAGUAAUUUAAAAACAUAUGGGCCCUCUCCAGCUAUUUUGAAGAACAACAUUGACAAGUAUUCGAAUAUACUAUCAGAAAUGCUCACCUACAGUUUUGCUCUAUACACCAAUCCUGGCUCAAGAGCCACAACAUUUGCCACUACUUCAGCAGUUACAGAAGGAGCUGUUGGUAGCAAUUCAUCCAGCAGCAGCAGUCACACAAAUAAGCCCACAAAAACAACGCCAUUAGAUGAUUAUUCUCAAGCAGUCACUUAUACUGUUGCUGUUGUGCCUAAACUUUAUGAGCAUAGAUUUUCAAAUGUUUCUUCAGUGAGUUUAGUCAAAAACAUGAAAAAUGCUAGAGAGUAUGUUCAAGAAUAUGUAUCUGGAGAGUACACACAGUCUAACAAAUCAAACACAAAUGUGCACAAUUCAGUACCUUUGAUAAAUAGUGCUUCUAACAAAUUGUCGAAAAGCUCGGAUGCUUCUACACUAACGGAACAUUCAACUACAAAGAAUCUUAGUGACCCAGAGAUAAAAUUUAAUGUAUCACACAUGGGUAGAAAUUGCAGUUCAUCAGUUACAUGUAAUGUUUAUGACAGUCAGCUCAGUUAUGAGCCUAAAUCGAUAACAAGUGAUGACAGAAAUUUAAAUGCCGAGGAAAAUAAUGCUGUGAACAAAACCACUAUUCAGAGUGACAAGCCUGGGGAACACAAUUUGAUAGAAAAAGAUUCAGCAGGCAGUGUACAACAACCUGCAGUUUCUUAUGUGGCAGAGAACAGCAUAAACACCUCAGAUAUCGGGACAGCCUCGAGUACAUACGGACAAAGAAUUCUACACACAGAUCAUAAAUUGGUCGAGCACAGUGGAACAGAUAUGUUACGUACCACGUUACCUUCAACUGACAGUGAGGCUCAAGAUUUCACUGCACUGCCAACAGUCACACAAAAAAUGGAACUUGUGAGAGAAGAACAAGAUACACUGGAAUUAAAAAUUGAGACACAGCAGAUUCAGAAGCCAGAUGAAACAAAAUUCAAAUCCAUAAAGAUGAAGAAAGUCAGGUCCAGUGUGGAGAAAAUGAAUAAACAAACAAAAAGCCAAGAAGAGAGAAGUGGAGAGAUGGGAAGAGGACGCAUGGCAGCUUCGAGAGCGCCUGAGAGUAGAAUGUUCCUCCUGGAGCCACUGCCGACUCCGACCCCAACCACAGCUGGUACACUGCCACCAUUGCCUACUCUCGGAGCACCACCACAGCCUGGAUCUGACUGCUUCUUCAAGUAUCGCAGGAUCCCGUCAGGCCAGAGCUUCUACAAGGAUGCCACAAACUGCACUAGUUGUAUAUGUCGGGACAGUGAGGUGAGAUGUGAGAAGAGGCAGUGCCCUGCAGAGCCGCUGCACUGCGAGGAGCCGGUGGCCGGCCGCUGCUGCCGACACUGCCCGCAGGACUGCGUCCUGGAGUCAGGUGACGUGCUGCUACCGGGGGAGACGUGGACGUCGGCUCUGGAUCCUUGCAGGGUCUGCCGCUGUGCUCCAGGGAACCCUGGGCGCACUAUCUGCCACGAUGUGGAGUGCCCGCCCCCUGCGUGCCCAGCCUGGGACGCGGUGCUGGUGGCAGGCGAGUGCUGUCCUCGCUGCCCACCCUCGCCUGGCUGUAUCCAUCGGGGCCGCUUCCUCUACGAGGGCCAGCUGUGGCUCAACCGUGAACAUGGUUGCCACUCCUGCCUCUGCAAGAACGGCCAAGUGGAAUGCAGCCCUGUGGAGUGCACACUGCAGUGCUACCACCCACGGCUCACGCCCGGCGAGUGCUGUCCCCUGUGUAAGGGUUGCCAGUACGGCAGCCGCACAUACGACGACGGCCAGCUGUUCCCGCACCCGUCGCUGCCCUGCACCACCUGUGUCUGUCAGCAAGGAAACAUCACAUGCUAUCCAGAGGUGUGUCCAGUGGCCAACUGCUCGCACCCCCUGCUGGCUCCCUCUGGGGGCGGCGGCAGUGGCAGCUGCUGCCCCCGCUGCCUGCACUGCCUCCUCGAGGGACAGAGGCUGCUGCAUGGCACCUCCAUCCUCCUGCUGUCUGCCAACACCACCUGCCACAACUGCUCCUGCCAUUACGGCAAUGUGAGCUGCUCGCCCACACCCUGCGAGACGACCUCGGGCUGCCGCCUGGAGAGCGGGGCAGUGGUGCCACUAGGCUCUCAGUUCUGGCCGGCGCAGGACGUGUGCACCGUCUGCCGCUGUAACGAGGGUGGCCGGGCCCACUGCCAUUCCGCUGACUGCCCCGGCCCCCCCUGCACGCACGGCGUCCUGCUGCCUGACAGCUGCUGCCUCGACUGCUCAAAGUGCGACUACCGGGGAGAACUGUUUGAGGAGAAGCAAGUGUUCCUUCUGAAGACAGACCCUUGCCAGAGCUGCAGCUGUGCUGGCGGCAACGUCACCUGCCACGACAUCUGCGGCGAUUCGUCUGCCGUGAGGCUGCCCGGAGACUGAAGCGAGAAAGAAGCCUGGUACCUGUGAACAUGAAGUGUCUGCUGCUGUCAAUGUCCUAGAAUCGAACAGAUCCAAUUGUUGUGCUAAACAGAAUGUGCAUUUAUUGGGGAUGGGUUGGUUGGGGGCCAUUUGUAGAUGGAGAUCUUGUAUUUUUAUCCACAUUGGAUAUGUAAUGUACAGAAAUUGUGGGUGAUGCUUGUGGUCUUUUCAGAAAGCGAGGAUGUUACUUGCCACUUGUAUAAUUCUUAUGUAUUUGAUGCAUAGGGAAUUAAUAUUUUUGUUAUUAUUAUUAUUAUUAUUAUUAUUAUUAUUAUAGAGUUCUAAUGUCUCCCUCAAAUUUGGUUCAGUGCUUCUGCCACAUUUUCUCAAAUUCUAUUUGUUUUAAUUUAUUUUCAGUAUCACUCCACGCACUAGUUUAUAACAUGAAGGAUAGAAUGAAUGCUAGACUAGUAGUAUUUUAAACUCUCACAUUGUACAUUAAAUGCCUUAGAACUGUAGCAGUUCAGGAUGUCACCACUGACAGAUUCCAUCCCAUUAUCUGAACAGCAUCGAUUAAAAACUCGUGUGAUACUUAAUAAAUCAUUAUCUUGUGUGUAAUGAAUAAGCAGAUACACAGCAAGAGUAUAUUUUGAAAUAGUUUGUGGAAUAUGCACUUUGAAAAGCACAUUAGGGAGAUCAUGUAGAUGUAUAUAGUUAUCAUUAAGCACACAUGGAAGAAAAAGUGAAAACUAGAUGGUAUUGCCGUAUGGUGAAAUACGAGACUGCCUCCCUGCAUACUGCACUAUUCCAGUGCAUCUCUUUCCUUCAGCUUUGCUGGAAAUCAGUUUAAUUCCCCUUUCUGUGGAUAUCUGAAUGAACACAACAUUGUUACCUCAUAAUCUACUUUGUUGCUAAACAAGAUAAGGAUAGCAGUGCAAUAUAUUUCUACAUUUACAGUUCACAGAGCUUUUGAUAUGAGGUGAUUCUUCAUUUUCUUCCUUAUGAUGCUGAAUACUCAGAAGAGGUCAUUUUGAUUUUUUGUGUGUCAUGGUACACACAGAUUUUAAUUAGAUUUUUUAUAGGACUCCAUGUAAUAAUUAUUGCUAAUUCAUAAGUAGCUGUUUGAUUUGUGACAUUAUUUUUAUCAGAACAUUUAAAAUAAUUAUUUUUCCACAGUGUGCUUAUAGUUUACAAUCAAAUAAUUUCUGUAUUUGUAAUACUUAUACCCCACACAUGAGAGGUAUGUGCUAUUAAAUAUUUACACCUUUCCUCAGUCGGCCUAAUAUAUGGAAAAUAUGGACACUUGACCAAUGAGAGCAAUAACAGACUGCAGUAAAGUCCUAGUAAAAUGUUCAGUUUUUUUAACAGAUUGUAGUAGUUUAUCUGUUUCUGAAAACACCAUAGAAGUAGUGCACUAUCAAACUUAGAAAUACUGAUAUCCUCAUGAACAACAUUGUCUUCCAUAAAUUUUCUCCUGCACAUUAUUAGAUAGCAUGUGUUGUAUAUCAAAGUAUAAAACUUUAUACAUGUUGAAAGUCACUAGUUAUUACAUUGUGAAAUUGCCAUUUAUAUUUAUUCAGUUACA